GACAGUCCCCAAAGGGGUUGAGGCUCCAGUCACAAAGCUGCAUGGCUGCGCUGUGCCUCUUGCCCAGGACGUGCUCCGCCAGGCUUCCCCCCUUCCCUCCAACAACGACCAGCAGAGCCUCAUCGACGACAUACGAUGCUACCUGCUAACCACUUUAAUUAGAUGGGGUCAAUAUGGCUAGCCUUCGCUUUAUUUCACUCCUACGGUGUCUCGUGCGAACAAAUGGAAAAAGGACAAAACAGUUCAAAACAACGUCACCAGCGCUAAAAAGUUUUAUAUUCCAAGAAAACCUGGAUCACGAACAUUAUCACUCAUCGUACAUCAAAAGAAUUCUUUUACACAAAGUUAAGAUCUGUAACUUUUUCUUCACAAGUUUGGGUUGCCUCUUAGACCCCCCCAAUGGUGAUAAAAAGGGCAGCACAUGUAGGGUCGAUUGCCGAUAUCGGUGUGUUUUUGGCCAAGGAAGUUCAAAAUUACCUCACCAACACUAUCUCCGUUUCUAGAGGUACACUAUAAAGAGUAGAGGUAGUAGAUGUGAAGUUGCAUACCGGAACUUUUCUCCACGCGUUUUGGUUGACUUCAUGGACACUCCGGUGAUGAACCAAAGGGCCAAACGUGCUGGGUCGAGUGCCGAUAAUGGACCGUUUUUGUUAGGGCACUUACUCCGCGUGCACCCCCUUAACCCUUUGGUUGUUCGUGUACCAAUAUCAUAUCUCAGUUUAGC